AUGCCGCUAAAGAGAUCUCGUGGUAGGGAGUCUGUGGAGGAUGAGGGAGGGUCCUUGGGUCUGCCGUCCAGGCGAUAUAACGUUCGUGAGAGAGUCAUGGGUAGGUGGGUGAGGAGGGAUGUGGCCGAGUAUUCCCGAGUUAUGUCGAAGAUUGGAUCGAGCGAUACAGUUGCUUAUUCUGGUCUUGCAUGGAUAAUUGCUAUGUCAGAGCGGAUUAUCCGGGAGGAUCUGGCUCCAGGGGCACAUGAGAUCGUGAUGGUCCAUGACUAUGGGAAUCACGGUAACCCUAAGCUACACCUCGAACAGGUACAACCUAGAAAAAGAUCAUCCUCGGUGUUGGGAAUCAAUGGGGAUGAUGGUCCUGCUACGUGA